UGUGAGGCUGCUGCCCCGAGAAAGCAAGCAUUCCUGUGAGGAAGAAAGGAGGCUUUGAGGACUCACCUGCCACAAUGACGGACAGAAGCCCCUUUGAGACAGACAUGCUCACUCUGACCCGCUACGUUAUGGAAAAAGGGCGGCAAGCCAAAGGGACUGGGGAGCUCACACAGCUGCUCAACUCGAUGCUGACUGCCAUCAAAGCCAUCUCCUCCGCUGUGCGCAAGGCAGGCCUGGCCAACCUGUACGGAAUUGCAGGAAGCGUGAAUGUGACAGGAGAUGAGGUGAAGAAAUUGGACGUGCUAUCCAAUUCCCUGGUCAUCAACAUGCUCCAGUCCUCCUACAGCACCUGUGUCCUAGUCUCUGAAGAGAAUAAAGAAGCAGUUAUCACAGCCAAAGAGAAGAGGGGGAAAUAUGUGGUUUGCUUUGACCCUCUGGAUGGAUCUUCGAACAUUGACUGCCUGGCCUCCAUUGGAACUAUAUUUGCUAUCUACAGAAAGACCACAGAGGAUGAGCCUUCUGAGAAGGAUGCCCUGCAGCCUGGCCGCAAUAUAGUGGCAGCCGGCUAUGCACUCUAUGGCAGUGCAACCCUGGUGGCUCUUUCCACGGGGCAAGGAGUGGAUCUCUUCAUGCUGGACCCGGCUCUUGGAGAAUUUGUGCUGGUGGAAAAAGAUAUCAGGAUUAAGAAGAAAGGGAAAAUUUUUAGCCUCAAUGAGGGCUACGCCAAGUAUUUUGAUGCUGCCACCACUGAGUAUGUGCAGAAGAAGAAAUUCCCUGAGGAUGGCAGUGCACCUUAUGGGGCCAGGUAUGUGGGCUCCAUGGUGGCUGAUGUGCAUCGUACCCUGGUCUAUGGUGGAAUCUUUAUGUACCCAGCCAACCAGAAAAGUCCUAAAGGCAAGCUCCGGCUCCUGUAUGAAUGCAACCCUGUGGCCUAUAUUAUUGAGCAGGCAGGAGGCAUGGCAACCACAGGCACCCAGCCUGUACUGGAUGUGAAGCCUGAGACUAUUCACCAGCGAGUUCCCCUCAUUUUAGGGUCCCCAGAGGAUGUACAAGAAUACCUCACCUGUGUGCAGAGAAACCAGGCAGGCAGGUAG